AUGGCUCCCAAGAUCGCUAUCGUCUACUACUCCAUGUACGGCCAUGUCAAGACAUUGGCUGAAGCUGAGCUGAAGGGCAUCCGCGAAGCCGGCGGUGAUGCUACACUCUUCCAGGUCCCCGAGACUCUCUCGGACGAGGUCCUCCAGAAGAUGUACGCCCCGCCCAAGCCCACCGACAUCGCUACCCUGAACAACCCCGCCGACCUCGAGGGCUUUGACGGUGUCCUCUUCGGUAUUCCCACCCGUUACGGCAACUUCCCAGCCCAGUUCAAGGCUUUCUGGGACAGCACUGGCAAGCAAUGGCAACAAGGGAGCUUCUGGGGCAAAUACGCCGGAAUCUUCAUCUCCACAGGCACCCAGGGUGGUGGUCAGGAGAGCACAGCAAUUGCUGCCAUGUCGACCUUGGCACACCACGGUUUCAUCUACGUCCCGCUCGGCUACAAGACGGCAUUCGCCCAGCUCUCCAACCUUGAGGAGAUCCACGGCGGUUCGCCCUGGGGCGCAGGUACCUUCUCCGGUGGCGACGGCUCGCGCCAGCCCAGUGCUCUCGAGCUCAGCGUUGCGACAGCCCAGGGCAAGGCCUUCUACGAGGCUGUUGCCAAGGCGCACCCGUGA